AUGUCUGGCUCAACAGGGAGCGGCGCUGCAAGCCAGCGCUGGGAUGCAGAACGCUUCACGAAGGAGCGAGACGCACGACAGGAGCCAGGCCCGUACAGAGAGAUGCGCCCUCGCAGAGGAACGGCGACGCUGGUCGACGAUGACCGCGACGUGCGCAGAGACAGGCGGUCGCUCUUCAGCGGCAUCCCGGACAUCGUCCAGCCCGCCGCCAACGACACGCAGAACACCCACCUCGUCCCCGUCAUCCGCCCGGACAGAAGCAGAAGCAUCAGCGGCGGCAGCAGACGGCGGCCAGACAUCUCUCCCAUCCGAGCCGGCGACGAUCGAGACUUUCGACGGCCAACGCUGCUGCGUCGCCAGUCCUCGCUGGACCGGUUCGACCUCGCGGCCUCGAAGCGUUCGCAUGACUACAGGCGAUACGAUAGGGAUGACUACGGCCCGCCAGUCACUCCCCGCAAGCAAAUCUCGACUCGCGUCCCUGACAUAAAACCGGCCAGAAGCAUCACCCCGCGGGGGAGACGGUCCUCCAGCGCAGCCAUGCUGGAAGCACCACCACCGCCCCGCGCAAAGUCGAGACGGGCAAGCCCCAAGCCGGGGACGACCCGGAUACCCAAGCAUAUGGUUGCGCCGGUCGCCCUCGAGGAUCUUGGCUAUGACUACGAGGAAUAUGAGGAGGAUAUCCUGAUCUACAAGAUCCUCACAAACGACCGUAUCCACGAGCUCGUAGAGUACAGCAAAAGAGCCCGAGAAGGCGCCCCUCUUCCACGGAGAGCCAGGGAAAAGGAGACAGUCAUCAUCGGAGCCAAAGACACUCCUCUGACCGUCGAGCGGCGUCCGUCUGUAUCCAGGCGCAGAGCAGGCAGAACCCCGUCUCCGCCCAUGGAGGUCCGUCCAGUCAGACCAAGACAUACCCGGCGACGCUCGUCUCCCAUCCGUGUCCUCGAGGUUGCAGACGACCACCCAGAGCGGCUGCUGGUGCCCUACCACCAACACCACCACGACCUUGUGGCUGCCGUAGAAGCACCAGAGGUCGUUGUCAAGCGAGACUACAAGGCACCGACUCCUCGACUUCUUCGUGCUAUGAUGGCCACCCUUACCUGA